UAGUCGGCAGUCGGUCUCUGGUCGGCCCCAAGAAUAGUCGUAUCGAGGCGGUAGUCGAGUAUCACCUCUCUUCUUCUUCUUCUUCUCCUUCUCCUCCUACUACUACAGCACGGGCCGCCGCUCUGCUGCUCCUGCUGCCGUUGCUGCUGCCGUUGCUGCUGCCGCCGCCGCCGCUGUCGCCGCCGCCGCCGCCGCUGCUGCUGUUGCUGCUGCUGCCCCGGCGCUGCGAGCGCGCGACAGAGGGACGACAUCAUCACGCACACCAUCGCGCAACACGCAUCCGCGAGAAGUACACGCGCACGCGAGCGAGCGGACGUACACACGAGAUUCGCGCGCAAACGCAAGUGUCGUGAAAGGACAUACACGUUAUAUCGAUUACAUACGCGCACGUACGUACGCACGCACGCAUGCACGCAUGCACGUGAACAAGAGUGAUCUUUGGGGUAUACUCUGAUACGCGUCAGAGUGCGAAACAUCAAGCGGUGCUCCAAAGGACGCGGCUGCUUCGAAUUGUUGUGGAUCGUCCGGACCCAUCUGCCUCCGUCUUUCGCCUUCUCGAAUGAAUCGUGUGUCGUCGCCUUGGUGCCCGAGGAAUUGAUGCUGGGAUAGACCGAUCAGUGUCGAUGUGGAUGUCGGUGUCUUUAACGCGAGACCUUUCGCCUCGGGAAAUCGCGACGUGCACGUGGAAAAGUGAAGUGCCUCCGAGUGCAUGGCCGAGUGUAACCGAAAUUGUUACUGUUUGAUGUUGUUGGAUCGUUCGCGAUCGCCGUUUUACGCGCAUUUAGUUUCCCCGAUUUGAUGUAUGGUUGUUGCCGCGCCAACAAUUUGUGACCGAUAACGGGAUUGAUUGGAGCUGCGAAAUCUUCACUUCGAAUAUCUUUGAAGAAUUCGAACGAUCGGACGCAUCUUCGAUCUCUGUAAAUUUUAGGAAACCAUCUAAUUGGAGAUUUAAACAAUCAAGAAUAGGUAGCGAUCGAGAAUACUACUUGGAAGAAGUAGCGCAUUGAAGUGGAGUAACUUUGACAUCUUCAACCAUCUACUACGUACAAUUGCAUCCGAUACCAAUAACUGAAGAAUGUUACGUCGAUCUAGUCAUGCUUCCCUGAAAGUAUGAUAGCUGUCGGACAUCUCUCGUACGAUUAUGCGUGCCUAUCCGUAGAUAUAUUCAGGACAGGAAGAAGUGAAUAAAGAGACGUAACUUAUAAACGUCGGUACAGGACAAUCAACGAAUAAAUUAUCGAGGACAUUGACUGUACCAGGAUUUCGCAUCUCGUCGGAUCGAGCUAAAACCAACUCGAGGAAUCCAACCGGACGAUUCUGGUCGGAAGUGUCGAGCCGACCCGGAAACAGCUGGCCCCGUCGUCGUCGGUCGCGGGUCACGGGCAGGAAACCGGCAGGGUGGUUCGAGGCGGGACGGUAGGCGCGGACGCCCUGGCGACUGCCGGGGUGGUUUACCCGGCCGCGACGGCGACGUUGUUCCCUGGCCGGGUGCCAGCCGGACACCACCACCCCGAGUUCACCACCACGUUGGAGCUGGGGUUCCCGGCGCGCGGCACCACCGCCUCGAUGGCGUUGGUCGCGCCGCCGCCCUCCUGGGCCUCGCGGGACCCGGGGGCCGCCCUGGGUGCAGCCGGCGGCGGCGGCGGCGGCGGGCCCCUCCAGGUGGGCCCGCCGCCGCCGAUGCCGCCCGCGCAUCUUACGCCUUCGGCCACACCGGAAGACAUCACCUGCUUAGUGCCCGCCGGUUCGGUUCUGACCUCGAGGGACCCCCUGCCACCCAGCACCACCCCCGGUAGCCAGGCGAACAGCUCGCAGUCCGGCAGCUCGCAAACGGACAAAUCGCCGAACAUCGAGUGCGUGGUCUGCGGGGACAAGAGUAGCGGCAAACAUUACGGACAGUUUACCUGCGAAGGAUGCAAAAGUUUCUUCAAGAGGAGCGUCAGGCGGAAUCUAACGUACUCAUGUCGAGGGAACAGAAACUGUCCCAUCGACCAACAUCAUAGGAACCAGUGCCAAUUUUGUCGCUUGAAAAAGUGCCUGAAGAUGGGCAUGCGCCGGGAAGGUAUGCACUCCGUGCAAAGGGGGCGAGUACCACCGUCGCAACCCUCGCUGCCGGGUCUGCCGGGUCAGUUCGCCCUGACGAACGGGGACGCGGUCGCGUGCGCCGGCCUAAACGGACACAAUUACCUCUCGUCGUACAUAAGUCUGCUGCUGAGGGCGGAGCCGUACCCUACCUCGAGAUACGGCCAGUGCAUGCAGCCCAACAACAUCAUGGGCAUCGACAAUAUCUGCGAGCUCGCGGCGCGGCUGCUCUUCUCGGCGGUCGAGUGGGCCCGGAACAUCCCGUUCUUCCCGGACCUCCAGGUGACGGAUCAAGUGGCACUACUCAGGCUAGUAUGGAGCGAGCUGUUCGUCCUGAACGCGAGCCAGUGCUCGAUGCCUCUCCACGUGGCGCCGCUCCUGGCGGCGGCGGGACUUCACGCUUCACCGAUGGCAGCGGAUCGCGUGGUCGCCUUCAUGGACCACAUCAGGAUCUUUCAGGAGCAAGUGGAGAAGCUCAAGGCCCUUCACGUCGACUCCGCGGAGUACAGCUGUCUCAAGGCCAUCGUCCUCUUCACCACUGACGCUUGCGGUCUUUCAGACGUGGCGCACAUCGAGUCUCUCCAGGAGAAGUCGCAAUGCGCGCUAGAAGAGUACUGCCGGACCCAGUAUCCGAAUCAGCCGACGAGGUUCGGCAAGUUGCUGCUACGACUACCAUCCCUGCGGACGGUCUCGUCGCAGGUGAUCGAGCAGCUCUUCUUCGUGCGGCUGGUAGGUAAGACGCCGAUCGAGACGCUCAUCAGGGACAUGCUGCUGAGCGGCAACAGCUUCAACUGGCCCUACAUGCCGUCUACAAUGUGACACUCUAUCUGGCGGCAGCUAGCUUCCGCAUAAUAUUACAGCUCGAGCGGUGACGUCCCGGCGCCCUUCGACGAUCCACAGGCCCGACUCGCGCGCGAGUAGAGAUGAUCGAACGACGCUGCGAAUCCUGACUUUGAUCACUCUAUCGUUGGUCGAGAUUGAAGAGAUUGCAAAUCUGCGAGGUUCGCAAACGUUACUAAUCCGGUUACGUAUUCGUGAUAUUCCAACUUUGACCGCGAACUCUCGUUGUGUCUGUUGUACUCACGUUUCGUUAAUUCGGUGAGAAAUCGUGACAUCCAGUCAGGACUAAGGGCUUUUGUACGCGAAACGAAGAAUGAAGAAGGAAGGAUCACGAAAGGAGAAAAAAGAGAGAGAGACACUCGGGGGAAUUAAGCGCAGUCAUUAAUGAAGUUCGACCGAGGAUGGUAGAAUAAUGCGCGAGAGAAGGGUAGACGGACGGAGAUGUCGUCUUGUUCUCGAGAUAAGGGGUCUCGGAGACGGGUAGGGAAAAGUGAGAAGGAAAGAAUACGGAGGAAAGGCGUAAUAAAGACGUUGCUCAUUCAGAGAAUCAUGGAGGCGCCGAGUAGCCCGACAGCGUCCAGGAACGUCCACUGGGCGUUAAAACUUGGUGCUCGCUAAAGUGGUCGAGGGAGAGAUUUUCUACGUGUAAGGAGCUUGUUAGUUGUUGCGUGCGCGUGUGCGUGAGUGAGAGGGUGAAAGAGAGCGAGUGAGAGAGAGAGAGAGAGAGCCAGAGAGAGAGAGAGAGAGAGAGAGAGAGAGAGAGAGAGAGAUCGAAAGAGGUAAAGAAAAGAUAGAGGAAGAGAGGGGAAAUAGAUAGAUAGAUAAGUGUUUUGUUAUAUAGCAAGGAAUAUGAAGUCGAAGGAAGAGAGGGAGGAAGAAGGGAGACGAACGUGGCGUGAAGAAGUCAUAAAUUAGCAUUUAUAAUCAACGAUGGGGGGAGAGAGAGCUGACGGAUCUCCCAUCGCUAUCUCGAAUCAAUCUUCGCGUCGAGUACUCGCUAUUAGUCGAGUCAUGCCAUAGGCCUUAGUCAUUCGUCUUGACGCCUCUUCUACGAGGCUGCACUCUCCAAGUCCCGUAGCCCGUGAAACAUUCUUUCGGAAAUAUCCCUUUCGGUCGGGGACGACGCUAACUCUUGCACGUGCAUCGCAGAUCCCACGACACUUUCGUCGCUUUCGUCGAACUCUUUUGUGACUUUCGAGAAUUAUAGCAGGCAAGUUUUGCUUGGUUCUUCUUUAUUCUUAAAUUAUGUACGUGGGAGUCUUUCUUAGAAUUCCAAAUAUUUGAUUUUUUUUUUUUUAUUAUUUAUAUCAAUCUUUUCCCCGAUUAUUAUGCGCUUUAAAGUGACAAUUCUCAUUUUUCGUGAGAAAGAUAUCGCUGAACAGUUUUUGUAGAAUUCUAAUAUUUUAAUAAUAAAUGAAAUGUGAUAAUCUAA